CCACCUGUGGUGUUAGUAACUAACGGUAAUAACAACAGUCAAAGAGAUUCAGCACAAUCUCUUGAAGGAGCUCAUUUGAGCUCUGAAAAUGAAAAAUAAAAAGAAACGCACCUGCUGGGGGCUUUUAUGUUUUCUCCUCUGCUGUGGAAGAAAAGAGGACAGAGGAGAGGCAAAAGAACCUAGGAAGAAGAAUGGCAGAAAAAAGAGAGUGGCUCAAACUGUAGACAAAACGGAGACAAGUGCAGGGAGAAAUGAGAAGAGCAAGGACAAGAUGGAAGACAUCUAUAAGAGUUCAAGUGAAAAUGGGGAUGAAAAAUUGGAAGAGAAAAUGGAGGAUUGGAAAGAGCCAGGAAGUGAGAAGCCUGAAAAUAAAGAGGAGAAAAUGAGAGAAUCUGAACCUUCUUCCCCCCAGACACCACGGCCCUCCUGGUUUUCUGGAGUGAGUACAGCUUGGGAACAGCCGUCAUAUUGUUCUGGGAAUUUCCAGCCCUACUGGCCCACAGAGCAGGCCACAGGGAUUGGAAUGUGGGGCAAUCCGGAGACCUACCCAUCAGAGAAUCAGUGGCCCUAUUUCCCAUGGCAGAUCCAGCCCUCCACUCCCUUAGAGAUGCGCCCGACAACAGGCAUGUGGCAUCCAAGGGAACCUGAGCCAUCAGGCCCUCUAAUGACCAAAGAGGAAUUCUGGGAAGAGUGGAAUGGGAGAUUUAAUGAGCCCGGAGGUUCAGGGGAUCAGUUUGUGAUGGAUGUUCCGUGGAAUGUCCAUCCCUACGGUCACCCUCUGCAGACGGAAGAGGCCUGCGCCUUCGCAGCGCAGCCCGGAGCCGCCCUGAACAGCGAAGGGUACUUCAUCAGCGCAGAGCGCCAUGAGGAGCUCCUGCUGUACGAGCCCGAUGAGCAGCUGUACGAGCCCGAUGAGCAGCUGUACGUGGAGCUUUGGGAGUUUGGCGAGGGGCAAGGGGACCAGCGCUUUGAGGCUAAAUGGGAGAUGACAGAAAAUGGAGAGGUGGUGGCUGAAGGAACCUGGCACUCCUCAUCCUGUAGCUGCUGAGUAAACGAGGAUAGAAAUACAGUUGCUCCUGAUUAAAAGGACCACUGGGACAUCUCUUGAAUUGGAGACCUGAAAGUUUAAAGAGCCUGACAGAAAGUGUAUUAAUUCAAUUAAUAAAAUUGUUUGAAGUAG